GCUGAGCGCUUCUGCUCUGGGCACGCAUGGCGCCCGCACACGGAGUCUGACCUGAUGCGGACGCAAGGGGGUUAAUAUGAACGCCUGUCUCGGUGGAAUCUGGCUCUGGCUCCCUCUGCUCUUGACCUGGCUCAGCCCUGAGGUCAGCUCUUCAUGGUGGUACAUGAGAGCUACAGGUGGCUCCUCCAGGGUGAUGUGUGACAAUGUGCCAGGCUUGGUGAGCCGCCAGCGGCAGCUGUGCCACCGACACCCGGACGUGAUGCGUGCCAUCGGCCUGGGCGUGGCCGAGUGGACAGCAGAGUGCCAGCACCAGUUCCGCCAGCACCGCUGGAACUGCAACACCCUGGACAGGGAUCACGGCCUCUUCGGCAGGGUCCUGCUUCGAAGUAGCCGGGAAUCUGCCUUUGUUUACGCCAUCUCUUCAGCUGGAGUUGUAUUUGCCAUCACCAGGGCCUGUAGCCAAGGAGAAUUAAAAUCCUGUUCCUGUGACCCAAAGAAGAAGGGAACCGCCAAGGACAGCAAGGGCACUUUCGACUGGGGUGGCUGCAGUGAUAACAUUGACUAUGGGAUCAAGUUUGCCCGAGCCUUUGUGGACGCCAAGGAAAGGAAAGGAAAGGAUGCCAGAGCCCUGAUGAAUCUUCACAACAACAGAGCCGGCAGGAAGGCUGUAAAGCGGUUCUUGAAACAGGAGUGCAAGUGUCAUGGCGUGAGCGGCUCAUGUACCUUGAGGACCUGCUGGCUGGCCAUGGCCGACUUCAGAAAAACGGGCGAUUAUCUCUGGAGGAAGUACAACGGAGCCAUCCAAGUUGUCAUGAACCAGGAUGGCACUGGUUUCACUGUGGCUAACAAGAGGUUUAAAAAGCCGACGAAAAAUGACCUCGUGUAUUUUGAGAAUUCUCCAGACUACUGUAUCCGGGACCGAGAUGCAGGCUCCCCGGGUACAGCAGGCCGCGUGUGCAACCUGACUUCCCGAGGCAUGGACAGCUGCGAAGUCAUGUGCUGUGGGAGAGGCUAUGACACCUCCCACGUCACCCGGAUGACCAAGUGCGAGUGUAAGUUCCACUGGUGCUGUGCUGUGCGCUGCCAGGACUGCCUGGAAGCCCUGGAUGUGCACACGUGCAAGGCCCCGAAGAGCCCCGACUGGGCGGCUCCCACGUGACCCCAGCGGAGGUCACCGCCCGCCUUCCCUCCCACAAGGACUCCA